AUUGAAUACACGAUAAUAAACGUAUGCUUGAAUAAUGCUGUCGCUAUUCAUUGGUGUAUAUAAGGCAUUGUACGAUUAUUCGGCACAGUCGGAAGAGGAAUUGACUGUUGAAACGGAUGAUUUGUUGUAUUUGCUAGAAAAGUCUGAUAUCGAUGAAUGGUGGAAGGUUAAAAAGAGACAAGUUGCAACUGGAGACGAAGAAGUUGAAGAGCCAGUUGGAUUAGUGCCUUCCAAUUACAUUGAACCGGCACCGGCAAUCAAGACGGCUGUUGCAUUGUAUGACUAUGAUAAGCAAACUGAAGAAGAAUUGUCAUUUAAAGAAGGUGAACGUUUCAAUGUAUACGAUUUGAAUGAUCCAGAUUGGUUAUUGGUUGGCGAUUUCCAAACUCAAACUCAGUUUGGGUUUGUUCCAGCAAACUAUAUAGAAUUAGAAGGUACUGGAGCAGAGGCUCCAAUGACACCAAUUGCGCAACAACAACCACCACAGUCCUUGCCUCAGACAACUACGGCACCAAGAAUUCCAAUUGGAAAUUUCGCACCACCUCCUCAACAUAGAGACAGAGCUUCUUCUUCCCCCGCACCUGCACCUGCACCAGUACAAGCUGAAAGGGAAAUUGAAAAUGUAGAAGGCGAAGAAGAAGUAGCUUCCCCAUAUGACCACAGAAGUCCAAUUAAGCAAAACAGACCUCACCACUAUGAUAAGCCUUUACCUGUGCUCGAAAAUGUCAAUGAUGAUGACGAUGAUGCUCCUCCACCUAUGCCUUCAAGACCAGGUCUUGGCACACAAACACAAUCAUUUUCUUCUGCUGCUGGCACACCUUCAAGACACCUGACGGUUGACGAUGUUCUGGGAGAUACUCCAGAACAUAGCUUUGAUGGUGAAUUCUUUACGUGGUACAUCAAUGAAGUUGAUGGGAGAAGGAAAAGAGCUGUCACUUUAUCAGUCGGUCAGGGUUUGAUUAUCUUGAAGCCAACAGAAUCUAGCUCUAAGUUGUCUUUAAAAACUGCUUCAACCAUUAACCAACAAUGGAAAAUUAGAGAUUUAACGGAUUUCAGCAAUGAAAAGAAGCAUGUGUUUUUAGAAUUUACUCACCCACUGGCUUCGAUCGAGUUACACGCUGGCAGUAAAGAUGUAGCCGAAGCUAUUUUGUCAAUUAUUGGAGACUUAAAGGGAGCAGAAUCAGCAAGAGGAUUGAGAGAAGUAGCCAGAGCCGCGGAACCAUCUACCAAGAAUAACAAGAAGAUCGGAAGACUUAUGUACGAUUUUGUUGCUCAAGGAGAUGACGAAUUAGCCAGUAAGGAAGGUGAUGAAGUAUACGUUAUCAAUGAAACCAAAUCUAAAGAUUGGUGGAUGGUUGAAAACAUUGACACUGGUCGUCAAGGUGUUGUGCCUUCAUCUUACAUCGAAAUUGUGGGCAGUUCUAACUUGGACAAGUUGACUGAACAACCUCUGCGUAAGAAAUCUACCAAAAAGACGUCUAAGGGAAGGGUUGUAGAAAAUAAGGAAAAGGAAAAGAGAUCUAGACAUCACCGCACAAGAGAUGAGCGUGAUAGAAUCAGAGAAAAUGAUAGAAUCCAAAGAGACAAGUCCAGCUCUAAGUCUCACGACAAAGAACACGAUAAAUCCAUGCCAAACAUCCACAGGGUUAGAACUUGGAUUGAUAGUUCAGGAUCAUUCAAAGUUGAGGCCGAAUUUUUGGGUUGUGUUGAAGGUAAAAUUCAUUUGCAUAAAACAAAUGGUGUGAAAAUUGCUGUGGGUGCUACUAAAUUGUCACUUGAGGACUUGGAAUAUGUCGAGAAAGUUACUGGGACUUCAUUGGAAUCUUAUAAAGAGGAAGUUUCAAGACAGCUUGCUAAACAAGCUAAGGCUGCUUCCAACAAACAAGCUGCUAAGCAAAGUGGAGUCUCGACCAAAUCUGCAGCGGCUGUUAUCAAUGAUAUUCCUCCACCUCAGCCAUCUAGACCAAAGGCCACUUCAACAACUGCUGUCACUGAACCUGAUUAUGAUUGGUUUGAAUUUUUCCUUUCCUGUGGUGUUGACAUUGGUAAUUGUCAACGUUAUUCCCUUAAUUUCAGUAGAGAGCAAAUGGAUGAGAAUGUUCUUCAAGAUAUUUCUCCUUCAUUGUUACGUACAUUAGGGUUGAGAGAAGGUGACAUUUUGAGAGUAAUGAAGGCUUUGGAUGCUAAAUUCAAUAGAAAGAGUGCUGCUUCCGACAAUGGAGCAACAGGAAGUUUGUUUACCGAACCUACUGGCGCAUUGAAGAAUAAUAAUUCUGCCAUUGAAGCCUCCAAGGUCAAUGCGAGCGCAUUACCAUCUCCAAUGAAAUCUGCUGAACUUCAAGUUCCCUCCAGUAAUGGUACAAAGUUUGAAGAUGAUGCUUGGGCUGUUAAGCCUGCUGCUAGAUCGAGCGAAGACCUUUUGAAAGCGCAAUCUCCUCAACCAGAAAGCGGUGCGCCAAAAUACACUGGAUCCUUGCUGGAUUUGGUCAACAUUAAACCAUUAGAACUGAAUGCUGCCCCACCAGCAGUACAGACGCCACAAAGGGCCCAAGAGCCAAGUGCUCCAGCCUUGACUCCAGUAAAGACUGGUACUUUGAUUCAACCAGGUCAACAAUUUGCAGUACAAAAGAGUGGUACCGGUGUAUCAACCCAACCAACUGGAAACUUCAUUCCAGUUCAACAAACCGGUGGUUUAGUUCCAGUUCAGAAAACGGGAGGAUUUGUUCCAAUCCAACAAACUGGUGGCUUUAUUCCAGCGCAACCGACUGGAUUCAUGCCAAUUGCAGCACAACCUACUGGAUUCAUGCCAAUUCAAGCUACAGGUGGCUUGGUACCACAAAUGACCUUUGGAAUCGUUCCAUUACAAACAGGAGCAACCACCUUUACACAGCAAAAGACUGGAGGAGGUAUGCCAACUACUUCAUUCGGACAAGUUCCACUUCAAACUGGGGGAUUUGUUCCAUUGCAAACUGGCAAUGUCACUAUUCCACAAACCAGCUUUAACCAACUCUCUAUGCAGAGAACUGGGCCACUAGUACCUGUUCAAAAGACAGGGGGCCAACCCACAGGUGGAGUUAUGCCACAAACUAGUUUUGGACAGAUCCAACCAGUAAUGGGUGGCCAGAUGACUGGAGGAAGUGUUUAUACCACUCCAUUUACUAGUCAACAACCUACUGGUGCUCUUAACCAAUUCAAUCAACAGCCUACUGGUGCAUUUGGCCAAUUCAACCAACCACAACUUGCUCCUACCACAUCCUUUGGUGGUAACAUGAACCCAUUCCCACAACAACAACAGCAACCUCCUCAAAACACUUUUGGGCAAUUUCAACCACAACAAACUUCUUUUAACCAAUUUUCCCAAAUGCCACCUCAAAAUUCAUUUGGAAACAACCAAUUUCAACAACAAAUGCCACCACAAAACUCUUUUGGCCAACUGGUAAAUCAAUUCCAACAGCAACCAUUCCAACAACAGACUCAACCAUUCCAACAGCCAAACAUUGGACAGGUUACUAACAUGUUCCAAAACACUGGAAUUUCAGGAGCUCCACCUCAACAGCAAUUUCCUAACACUUCAUUUGGUCAGCAGCCUCAGUUUGACUCGUUUAGUCCACAACCACUUCAGUCUCAACCAACUGGAGCUGGGUUUGGAAAUUCUCCUUUACAAGCUCAACAGACCGGUAGAGGCAGAGCCAACUUACAAGCCGCUACAGCUGAUAACCCAUUUGGAUUUUAGGGUACUAAUUACGUGUGCUCUCACGGUAUAUGUUUUCUUUUACAUGUAACAUUAUAUUCC